CAUCUCUCCCUGCCCCUGCAAUAUCGUCUUCCUCAUGAUUCUCCCCUUUUAGCCAUUGAGAUACACACCGUAAGAACCGCACAAACUUCGUCCAUGGUCAUCGCUUCUCUCAAAAUUGUCUCUUUCUUGCUUAUUAGCGUCCUCUUUUCUCCUGCAAAUGAAGCACAGGUUACUUAUCUUCACCACAAUUGCUCUCCCAACAUAACCUUCGCUGCCAACAGUGCUUUUCAAUCGGACCGAACGACACUCUUCUCUUCCUUAGCUUUCGCCAACACCGACUUCUACAACGCCACCGUUGUCGGUGGCGGCGGCAUGGUCCACGGCCUCUUUAUGUGUCGGGGUGACGUCAACCUCUCGAUGUGCCACCAGUGCGUCGUUAACGCUACCCAACGAUUAUCUUCCGAGUGCCGAGUUUCGAAGGAGGCAAUAAUCUGGUACGACGAGUGCUUGCUUCGCUAUUCUAACCGUUUCUUCUUCUCCACCGUUGACACGAGGCCUAGACUCAGCCUCUUCGACGCCGGAAGUGUCUCAAACCAGGCAAGCUUCAUGAGAACAUUGUACGAUAUAAUGAACAAGACGGCAGAUGAGGCGGCUAAACCUGCUGUUGGGAAAAAGAAGUAUGCGACCGGAACAGCGAAUUUCUCAGGGUUUCAAACUACGUAUUGUCUAGCACAGUGCACGCCGGAACUUUCGCCGUCAGAUUGUAGAAGUUGCCUGAGUGGUGUGAUUCGAGAACUUAAGUGGUGUUGUGGUGGAAAGCAAGGAGGAAGAGUGCUGUACCCGAGCUGUAAUGUUCGUUAUGAGUCGUACCCUUUCUAUCAAUCGGAAGCUGCGAGUGUUCCUCCUGCAAAUACUGGUUCCCAAGGAAAAGGUGGAAUCUCAUCGGGGGCGGUUGUUGCUAUUGUGGUUCCAACUUCUGUGGCUGUCCUAGUAUUUAUAGUCGGCAUCUGUUGCUUGAGGAAACGAACAACGAAGAAGUACGACUCUGUUGCCGAAGGAAAAUCUGCAUUUGACAUCGGCAAUGUGGAUUCACUGCAAUAUGAUUUCAGUACAAUUGAAGCAGCCACGAACAAGUUCUCUGUAGUUAACAAGAUUGGUGAAGGCGGGUUUGGAGGGGUUUACAAGGGGACGCUUGCAAAUGGACUAGAAAUUGCUGUGAAGAGACUCUCCCGAAGAUGUCGACAAGGUGUAGAAGAAUUUAAGAAUGAAGUAGAGGUGCUUGCCAGGCUACAACAUGGAAAUUUAGUGAGACUUCUAGGUUUCUGCGUACAUGGAGAAGAGAGUAUACUUGUUUAUGAAUAUAUGUCCAACAAAAGUCUCGAUUGCAUUCUUUUUGAUCCUGAAAUGCAAAGGCAGCUAGACUGGACAAAACGUUAUGAUAUUAUCAGAGGAAUUGCUCAAGGGAUUCAAUAUUUACAUGAAGAUGCAACACUUAAAAUUAUACAUCUUGAUCUUAAAGUUGCAAAUAUAUUAUUGGAUAGUGAUAUGAAUCCAAAAAUCUCAGAUUUUGGCAUGGCAACAAUUUUCUCGAUUGAUCAAACUCAAGAAAAGACCGAUCGCAUUGUGGGAACAUAUGGUUAUAUGUGUCCCAAAUAUUAUAUUCAUGGAGAGUUGUCUGUUAAGUCUGGUGUGUUCAGCUUCGGCGUCCUUCUAAUGGAGAUUAUAAGUGGAAAGAAGAAUAGUCUUUUCUGUCAAACAGAGGAUGCUGAGAACAUGCUUAACUAUGCGUGGAAACUUUGGAAGUAUGGGGAACCCUUGGAAUUGUUGGACCUCACAAUAAGAGAAUCCUGUGCUCCAGAUGAAGUAAUGAGAUGCAUCCACAUUGGUCUGCUGUGUGUUCAAGAAGAUCCAGCAGAGAGGCCUUCAAUGUCAUCCAUAGUUCUGAUGCUUGAAAAUUAUCCUAUGACUCUGCCAACCCCUUCGCUGCCUCCACCUGUUUUGCGAAGUGGAGCUUGUCGAAACGUUCUUGGUCAAUCUACGACCAACACACUACCAAUGUCAGUCAACGAGAUGUCGUUUAGUGAAGUAAUGCCUCGGUAAGCUUGAAAGUUGGAGGUUUUAAUGCAUGUGCCUCUGUCUAAGUGGUUGGUCUAUUCAGGCACCGUUUUAUUUAUAGCCAUAAUGUCCGCAGAUGAAUUCUUGCGCUCCUUCUGUAAUAUUUCUAGUUGAGUUCCCCCAAUAAUAAUUGGUCUUGCAAAGUGUCACUUUUGCAUUGUAGCAGAUUUGGAAGUUGGAAAGUGCAUGACAUGCCAUCCAACAUAGUUUGAUUUAUUGAUUAACAUCAUAAACAAACACAAAUGGCAGAAGGAAAAUUUGGAUCUGUCACUGGGAUAAAGUGAAAAUUUGUGUUGGAAGUA